CCUGUGCCGUGGCUCCACUCUUGUAGAAAAGUAGUCUAGGAUGUGAUGAAGCCGCGCGUCUGAUGUGUCCACGGUCCUCGUCACCAACUUCUCCGAGACCGUUUAACCGACAAUGACGGACAUCCGACGCACACGACGAUAAGAGUCGCAGGACGAACCAAGCACUUACCACGGAACCGUCGGUGUUUGCGUGGCAGCUGCCUGAACCCGGAGACUCGGGUCUGAACAGCUCUCCAGAAAAUGAUUUACUCAACAGCCAAGUGGGAAUUUCAUUGGUGUCGGUGAAGCCAAAGGCUUUUUGCUCAUAUACGUUCUCCAUCAGUGAGCAGCAGCAGGCACCAUGACCUUUUUAAUGAAAAAGAAAAGAUUUAAGUUUCAAGUUCACUUUACACUGGAGGAACUGACUGCGGUGCCUUUUGUCAACGGAGUUCUGUUCUGCAAGAUCCGGCUGGUGGAUGGAGGGGAUUUUGCCAUCCUGUCAUCCAGACAAGAGGUGCAGCAGAAUUGUGUGCGAUGGAGGAAGAAGUUCUCCUUCAUUUGUAAAAUGAGUGCCAAUCCUGUUACUGGGGUUUUAGACCCGUGUGUCUGCAGGGUGUCAGUUCGUAAGGAGCUCAAAGGAGGAAAAACGUUUUCAAAGCUCGGCUUCGCUGAUCUCAACCUGGCUGAGUUUGCAGGCUCCGGAUCGACGGUUCGCUGCUGCAUCCUCGAGGGCUACGACACCAAAAACACUCGUCAGGACAACUCCAUCCUGAAGGUCAUUAUUGGAAUGACCCUUCUGUCAGGCGACCCCUGCUUCAAACUCCCUCCGAGUACAGCCAAGUCCAUUUCGAUUGGUGAUGAGGACCCAACGCUGCAACUGGAUCGUAAAGGGGACAGUAAUGAGGACAGAGUGCAGCCGCUAGGUGGCGUCAUAGAGGCAGCUCGAGCCUCCAAACCCAGACAGUCCUCAGUAAAAAGCUUAGGUCUGCCAGAAGAGGGCGAUGGCCCCGACGAUGUCUUUCACAGUGGUCACUUUCGAAGUUCCAGCUAUGCCAGCCAGCACAGCAAGAUCUCAGGUUAUAGCACCGGUCACUCCCGCUCGUCCAGUUUGACAGACCUAAAUCACCAUGGAAACGCCUCUUCAAAUAGUAGCAGCAGCACCUCCUGUGCCUCUCCGCACUCUAUCCAGCCUACACCCACCACACCCACUCAGCUGCAGCGAAAGAACACUCCCACCAAACCGGAGCGCCCCCCUCCCCCGUCGGCAGCUGCCCUCUCCAAGAGGUCCUCCAGCAGGAGGAAGAAGGAGUCGGUGCAGCGGCAGCACAGCUGUGUGGACGACACACGCAUCGAUGCCGACGACAUCGUGGAAAUGAUCGUCCAGAGCCAGAACUUUUCCGACAGCAGCAACAAUGAAGACAGCAACUUGCAAUUGUUUGUGAGUAAAGACGGGACGACGGCCCUAAGUGGAACGCAGCUAACCCACAGGGUUUCGCCUGGAAUUUUCGAAGCAGUGAUCAUUGAGACGCACUGACAAGGAUUGUCCACCAGGUUGAGGUCCCGCCUGUGCUCCUGGCCAAGACUACUCGGAUGACGUAGUUGCAUCGUCUGUGGUGCGCAGCGGUUACUUUAAUUUACUUUAUGUUUGAGAGAUGAUUCUGAACCAAUACAGGAACAUUUAAGACUAUUUUAAUAUUAUUAAUAUACGUCAUUUAUCAAGGACAAAUACCUAAGAAGCUUUGAUUGUGAAUGUUAAAAAAACAGCACUUUGAAAGGAUUGUCACUCAUGCUUUAAAAUUACCACUUAAACUCUUUAAUGAUUCACAAACUCAGUAGCAUCUUUCCCCUUUGUUUCAAGAGAAAUGAACUGAAAUCCUUCCUUAAUCACAUUGUGAUAUCUCAGCAUUUUUGCCUUUGUUUUAAUUACAACUUAUAUAUAUAUAUAUAUAAUGAGUAUAACCCGAUUUUUCUGACAAUUUAAAGCAUGAGUGACUUACUUCUCUUCGCAUUCUUUUUUUAUUAAGCCUUUUGUGUUGUAGUUCAGUCUCCUUAAUCAAUUUGAGGCUACUCAACCCCCAAAUUUAGUUUAGUGUGGUGCAAAGUAUGCAACACUUUCAUGAGAGCAGAUGAAACAAAUUCUGUUAUUCAAAGAGCAAAUAUAGUGUUUGUUUGUGAACGUCAAGAUAAAGCAGAUAUUUUGGUUCCCAAAUGUGAUAAGACAGUUUACAGGAUUUAAUCCUGCUCUGAACGAAUCUAUUCUGGGUUUUUUUUUGGAUGUUAUUGUUUACUCCCAGCCUCUGUCCAGAAAGACAUAGCCAGGAUACAGCACCCUCUAGCGACCAGAGAAGCAACAUGGGCCGGUUGAGUUCUCCCAGCCGUUUGCAUUGUAAAGGCCAUAAUAGUGUGGAUUUAACCUACCUUUGCAGAUGUUUUCAUUAAAUGUCUGGAAGUAGAGUGGAUGUAGACUUCAGAGUGUCAAUGUCCAGAUCAUUUAACAUCAGAUAUUGCUUGUAGAGACAGGUGAUCUGGUAAUACCGUAAUUGUUUCAGACGACGAACUCUGGUCGAGUCAGAAACUGUCGAUUGCAGUCUAAAAAAACACAUUAAAUGAACUAUCUUAAUCAUGUAAUAGCCAGCAGUCAGUUGUCGCCUGUAUUUUGGGGAAAAAAAAAUCUAAAAAAAAAAAUCUAUUGAAGUGCAAAAUAUGUGAUCAUGCUCUCCACUCCACCACACUGUCCUGACAGGAAUCAGGCCCCAGGCAGGGAGGCUACAUCUCCACUUAGACACAGUUGCAUUUUGGGAUUCUUCAAUGAGAGCUGGGAGAACACAGUGUGACCUCUUCAACAAAGCAGCCUCAAACUGAUUGUGCUUCUGAACAAGACGCAAGUGUUCAUUCAAGCUACUGAUGAUGUACAGGCUGCAUUGUAGUACAACACUGAUGCAGCAAAGGCUCUGCUGUGAAAACCAGCAGAGUGAAUACUAAAAUUGAAUGGAAGCAGGACUGAUGGAUCAGAUAUUGUUGUUGCUCUGCAGAGAAUAGAAGCUCCGUACUAUAAAUGGACUCCAAACAGGAAAAAAGUGCUUUAUUGUUGUAUUAAUCUCCACUUGUGUUUGUGUAACCAUUUUGCACAUUGUACUGUCGGGGUAGAUGACCACUAACUGGGACCCUGGUGAUGAGUGAUUUUUAUUUAGUUGUUGUCAAACAAAUCCAGUUCUCAUGUGGCUGGCCCAGAUGAUCCAUUGUGAAUGCGCUCACCAAUAUGUGGCUUUCAUUUCCUUUCACUGAACUGGGCACACUUUAUAAUACACUUCUGCAACUGCAGUUCAUCCUUGAUCAUUUUUACUUCUUUCAAAAACCACAUCAGAAUAAAUACAUUAAAAUGAGGUACAAUUACAGUCAUUAAAUCAUGCUUUAUUCCUCAUCAUCUUUUUUUAUCUAGAAGAUACUGCUGCAUAUUGCUUGCUCUUUUGUGACCUCACCAAUAGACUUAUCAUGUUAAAGAGCUUCCUCUGACAGUGCAACUGUUUGGCGGCCUCAGUGAGGUCAGUUGUGCAGCUGCAGCGGAACAAAGCUGCUGUUGUAUCAUUCGUAUAAAAGAUCUGCAUUCCACUGGACUCCAAUGUCAGCGUGUGUACAUACUGUGAUGUUUGUGAUGAUGGUCGGUGUCACUGUGUGUCCAUUUCGCCACACACCUGUACUUAUUUGUGGGGUCACUUUCUGCUCAUGGCCGUAAUAGUUUGAAGUUUUUCUCUGCUGAUGGGACUCUCAGGAAGGGGCAGCUGGCUGCGCUGAUGUAUGACACCUGGCUGCUGGGAAGUCAGGGAGUCCACCAUUCACGUUAUGAAUUCAGUUCAAAUGAAACGUGUUUUUUAUUUUAAACUGCUCUGACCCAAUGCAACAGGUCUGUGCGAUGUUUGUGGCCUGUAUUGUCUGACCAGCUGGCUGGUCAGGUAAUCUUUUUUUAGAAGUUAUUGUUGAUAUGAAAACAGCAAUAAAGGGAGCACUAAGAGAUAUGUUUGAUCACUUAUUUUUUACUGAUGGUGAGGGUCUUUGUUGUAACUUUCUUUCUGAAGGAUAUAUUUUGUGCUUUCUAUAAACAUGUGUGACACAUUCAUGUACUGUGAUUUCACAAGAAUAAAUUA